GCCCUCACUGCUCGCUGCUGCCUCCAUCUCUACUCACCCUCUGCCCUAUUCUCUUGUCUCCUCUGCCUCCCUCUUUUCUUCUCUGGCUCGGUUCUCUCCAUCUGCGUGUGGCUAAGGCCCACAUAUAGACAUUCCAAACAGCCUAUCAGUGUGCACUGUACAAUGUGGGCAGCCCUACAAGCUCGAGCAUCAGUUUCGUCGUGGUGGCUUUCUUCACGGCAAUGGAAGCUAGCAUUUUCGUCUUCCUCUUCUGCCGUUGGAAAAUGCACCCUUGAUCUUCACGAGAUUGAGAAGGUUCUAACGGAUGUUAAAGCUGACGACGUUAAGGUUAUACCGUCUCCCAAGUACUGUGAUUGGGCUGAUUUCAUGGUUCUAGCAACCGGCAGGUCCACGUGGUAUGUCAAGAACAUCGCUCAAGCUCUAAUUUACAAGGCUAAGCAGAAGCAAAAAGGUGCAGACCGAAUGAUGCUACCUAGUGUGGAAGGUCAAGCAGGAGGAAAGUGGAUUGUAAUUGACUCUGGUAAAGUGGUAGUUCAUGCACUCGAGAGAUUCAGACAUGAGUAG